AUGCCAGAAAAUCCUACAUUGAAGCGUGGUUUAGAUGCCACCGAAGAACCAGAGCCAAAGAAGUCUAAAGGCGUCUCUUUAGACACAAAAGAAAGCAAUUCUGUUCCUGUAUCUGCGGAUAGCAAGGAAGAGACUACGUCAGAUAUCGAGCUCAAGACAAACUCCAAUGCAGAUGAAGUUGAAGAGAAUGUUAAAGACCAAGCUAAGGCGGAUGAGGACAAAUCUAAGGUAGAUGAAGAAACAUCUGGCGCGACACAAGAGACAAAAUCCGAAGCACCAAAGUCCAAGACAAAUGAUGCCCAUGUUGAACACAAGCCUGUUUUUGGAUCCACUAGCAAAUUUGGCAAUGCUUCCAUAUUCGACAAAAUGAAAGAUCGGCCCAGUAUUUUUGACUCCAAGCCUGAAGAAACUAAGGCUUCGGAGAGUAAAUUUGGCUCAAGCUCGAGUUCAUUUGGUGGUUCUUUCGGAAGCUCUUUUGGUGCAAAUUCAAAGUUCUCCAAUGCUUUUGAAAAUUCCACAAAGAAAAAGUCAUUCCUUGAUAUGCCGGAGGAGAAACAAGAAGAAACUAACUCUGAUACCUCUACAGGAACCCCCAAAUCUACUCAACAAUACAAACAAAUUGAUUUGCAAGCUCAGGAAGUGAAGACUGGAGAGGAGAAUGAAAAGUCCAUUUUCUCUGCUACAGCUAAGCUUUUUGAAUUGGAUCUCACAAAUAUUUCUGGUGGUUGGAAAGAGCGUGGUUUAGGCCCUCUACAUUUAAACCAAUCCCUUGAUGACCCAUCUCAAAUUAGGCUCGUGAUGCGGUCUCAAGGGCUCUUGAGAGUCAUCUUAAACUACAAGAUAACUCCUUCAACCACGUUCAUUAAAGGCUUAGAAGCCAGCUUGGCUCCAGGAAAGUAUACGAGAAUUAAUUAUGUUUCCUCUGAAGGAAAACUAAUUCAAUACCUCAUCAAAUUUGCCAAUCAAAAUCUUCGGGACGAAUUGCUUGAACAAGUUGACGCUUUGAAGAAAACAAUGAAGGAGACGAAAGAAGGUGAGGGCAAGACCGUUACUGAAGAAAAGGAGGCUACCACGAAGAAAUAG